GCCCCACCUCCACCCGCAGAGGGUCCAGUGGCCGCCCGGCUCUGGCCUUCCUCAGCCCCCCACUGCCGCCCGCUCCCCACCACCCCCUUCCCGGCGGCCCGGGACGCCCCCAGUCCGCGACUGCAUCCCGGCCGCUCGGCUGCGGCACGGCGCCUCCUCCAUGGACAAGCGGAGCCUGGCUGAGGAGCAGGGGUUGCACUGUCAGAACCCAGACUGCAUGGACAAGGGGCGGGCCACCAAGGUAUGCCACCACGCCAACUGCCAGCAGCUGCACCACCGGGGUCCACUCAACCUCUGUGAGGCGUGUGACAGCAAGUUCCAUAGCACCAUGCAUUAUGAUGGACACAUCCGAUUUGACCUUCCUCCUCAAGGUUCUGUCCUGGCCCGGAAUGUGUCCACUCGGUCAUGUCCACCACGUACCAGCCCCGCAGUGGACUUGGAGGAAGAGGAAGAAAGCUCCAUGGAUGGCAAAGGGGACCGGAAGAGCACGGGUCUCAAACUCUCCAAAAAGAAGACGAGGAGAAGACACACAGAUGACCCAAGCAAGGAGUGCUUCACCCUAAAGUUUGACCUGAAUGUGGACAUGGAGACGGAGAUUGUGCCGGCCAUGAAGAAGAAGUCACUAGGGGAGGUACUGCUGCCUGUAUUUGAAAGGAAGGGUAUCACACUGAACAAAGUAGACAUCUACCUGGACCAGUCCAACACACCUCUGUCCCUCACCUUUGAGGCCUACAGGUUUGGGGGACACUACCUGCGGGUCAAAGCCAAGCCAGGGGAUGAGGGGAAGGUGGAGCAAGGGGUAAAGGACCCCAAGUCUCUGAGUCUGCCCAUCCUGCGGCCAGCUGGAGCUGGGGCUGGCCCCACUGCCCUGGAGCGCAUGGAUCCCCUGAACCGUCGGGAGAGCCUGGACAUCUUGGCCCCUGGGCGCCGCCGCAAGAACAUGUCAGAAUUCUUGGGGGAGGCCAGCGUCCCUGGGCAGGAUCCCCUCGUGCCGUCUAGCUGUUCUUUGCCCAGUGGCAGCAGUGGUGACAGCUGGAAGAACCGGGCAGCCAGUCGCUUCAGUGGCUUCUUCAGCUCAGGCCCCAGCACCAGCUCCUUUGUCCGGGAAGUGGAUAAGAUGGAGCAACUAGAGGGCAAGCUGCACACCUAUGGCCUUUUUGGACUGCCUAGGCUGCCUCGGAGGCUGCGCUUCGACUACGACUCAUGGGAGGAAGAAGAGGAUGAAGAUGAGGAUGAGGAUGAGGCUGGCCUCUGGCUAGAGGACAGCUGGCGGGAGCUCAUUGAUGGACAUGAGAAGCUGACCCGGCGGCAGUGCCACCAGCAAGAGGCAGUGUGGGAACUCCUGCACACCGAGGCCUCCUACAUCAAAAAACUGCGGGUCAUCACCAAUUUGUUCCUUUGCUGUCUCCUGAACCUGCAAGAGUCCGGGUUGCUGUGUGAGGUGGAAGCUGAACGCUUGUUCAGCAACAUCCCGGAGAUCGCUCGGCUGCACCAGAGGCUGUGGAGCAGCGUCAUGGUGCCGGUACUGCAGAAGGCGAGGCGCUCUCGGGCGCUGCUGCAGCCCGGGGACUUCCUCAAAGGCUUCAAGAUGUUCGGCUCACUCUUCAAGCCCUAUAUUCGAUACUGCAUGGAAGAGGAGGGCUGCAUGGAGUAUAUGCGCGGCCUGUUGCGAGACAGUGACCUCUUCCGGGCCUACAUCACGUGGGCUGAGAAGCACCAACAAUGCCAGAGACUGAAGCUGAGUGACAUGCUAGCCAAGCCCCAUCAGCGGCUCACCAAGUACCCACUGCUGCUCAAGUCGCUUCUGAGGAAGACAGAUGAGCCACGCUCCAAGGAGGCUGUUGUCACCAUGAUUGACUCGGUGGAGUGCUUCAUUCACCAUGUGAAUGCGUGCAUGCGGCAGCGACAGGAGCGGCAGCGGCUGGCCGCGGUGGUGAGCCGCAUCGAUGCCUAUGAGGUGGUGGAGGGCAGCAACGACGAGGUGGAUAAGCUCCUGAAGGAAUUUCUGCAUCUGGACCUCACAGCACCUAUCCCUGGAGCCUCCCCUGAGGAAACUCGGCAGCUGUUACUGGAAGGGAGCCUGAGGAUGAAAGAAGGCAAGGACAGCAAGAUGGAUGUGUACUGCUUCCUCUUCACGGACCUGCUGCUGGUAACCAAAGCAGUGAAGAAGGCAGAGAGGACGAAGGUCAUUAGGCCCCCUAUGCUGGUAGACAAGAUCAUGUGCCGGGAGCUACGUGACCCUGGCUCCUUCCUCCUCAUCCACCUGAAUGAGUUCCACAGUGCUGUGGCAGCCUACACAUUCCAGGCCAGUGGUCAGGCUCUGUGCAGGGGCUGGGUGGAUGCCAUUUACAAUGCCCAGAACCAACUGCAGCAACUCCGUGCUCAGGAGCAGCCAGGCUGCCAGCAGAGCCUGCAGAGCCUAGAGGAGGAAGAAGAGGAGCAGGAGGAGGAGGAACAUGAGGAAUGUGGUGGGAGUAGUGCAUCAGCUGCUAGCUCCCCCACCAUCCUGCGCAAAAGCAACAAUAGCCUGGACUCUCAGCGUUGUGUCUCAGACAGCUCCACAGAGACCCUGGCCAUGGUUGUGGUGGAGCCUGGGGAAAUGCUGUCAUCUCCCGAGUUCGAAGCUGGCCCCUUCAGCUCUCAGUCUGACGAGACCUCACUGGGCACUGCUGCCUCCUCCAUCACACCCACCAGUGAUCUGCUUCCCCUGGGCCCUGCAGAUGGGCGUUCCUGUUCCAUGGACUCUGCCUAUGGCACUCUCUCCCCCUCCUCCCUGCAAGACUUUGUGGCCCCCACCCCCAUGUCAGAACCAGCGCCACAGCCUCCGGAGAUACCACAGACCCCUUCCCCCCAACCCUCACCACAGCUCCACCGAUGCACCCCUGUCCAAUUGCUCCAUUUGCCCCACCUGCUGAAGUCCAAAUCUGAGGCCAGCCUCCUCCAGCUGCUGUCAGGGGCCACUGCCCAUGAAGCACCCCCAGCCCCCAGCCGCAGCCUACCUGAACUAUGCUUGGCUGCUAUUGCUGCCUCUCACAGGAGGACUCAGGGCUUCCAUCAGGAAACAGGACUCAGCUGGGAUUUUCAGGGAGCACUGAACCCUGGCAGUGGCUCCCAGCUGGCAGAGCUGGAGGGGGGAGCCAGCUGCCCAGCUGGAGGGGUCCAAAGGCCCACUCAGAAUAGCAGAGAACUGCCUUUAGGGUCUCUGGCCAGAGUCCAGCCUGAGGCAGCCCCAGGGAUCUCCGUCCAGCACAGGAAGCUGACGCUGGCCCAGCUCUACCGAAUCAGGACCACCCUGCUGCUGAACUCCACGCUCACUGCCUCGGAGGUCUGAGAAGAAAAGGACCCCCCUCCAAGGGUGCCACUGACAGAAGGACAGCAGAGAGCGUGCCUCCCAGGGUGAGCCAGCCCUGCUCCAGCUGCUGCCUUGUGUGACCACUACCCAAAUGCGCAGCUGGACCCCUGCCCCCACCUGGGGUCCAAUUUGCACUUUGCCAGACUGGAUGGAACCGGAGGAGGGCUCAAUGGAACCCUGGGCUACAGCAUCCCUCAGGAUACCUCCCAUAGUCAUCCCCUUCAAGAAGCUGCCCUACAUCCCCCCCAAACCAUUCCCCCUCAGGAUCUGUAGCACCCCUUCCUGAACUCACCAGCUCCAGUUCACAGAGCUAUGUUCCCAGGCAGCCUGCACCACCUCUGCCCUCUGGCCUCAAUCAAAGGGGACAUUUCCUCCCUUCUCCCAGCCCCUCUGGUCAUACCAGGCUUGGGUUGGGCUCUGUAUAAAGUUGCAUAUUUAUUGA